GGGAGGGAGAAGCUAGCGUAUCAUAGCGAUUGAAGUGAAAAUUUUAUUCAAACAACGCUUAGAUCUUUGGGAUCAUCUUUCUGCCUGCAAAUAUGAGCAACGGAGUUAGGUUGCGGAAAUUGAAGAAGGGGAGUGGAAGAGGAACGAAGAAGCAAGUGCUUCUUGCUUCGGAUAAAGAGGUUUUGCGUAUAGGACAGAUGACCUAUGGUGACGGGGAAGCCACUUGUGGAAAACAUGUUGGUGCUAGUGAAGGGAACGAUGAGUUAAGCGAAGAUAGUGACUAUGCUGAUGAGGAGUGUACUGUAACUCGGCGUUGGAUAGGUGAUCAAGCUUUAUACAAUGAAUCUGAUCCAAACGCCACUUCCGAUAUGUUCGCAAAGUUUGAAAAUGAUUUCGUUAAGAAGUUGGAAGAAACAUUUGAGGAGAAUCCUGAACUUCUUACAGAAAAGGGCUUCACUUCACGUUUUCGUGUUGAUUAUUUCCUAGAAGGGAAAAAUAUCGUUUGGUCCUUUUUUAGGUGGGUCCAUAUAUGUUUAGUUUUUUGGUCAAACGCUUUUACUGUUUGGUCCAUAAUUAUUUAAAAAUAUUUAAAUGGACAAAAAUACUCUUCUGUGUUAAUU